AUCUAAGUAAAAUGUUCAUUUUUGGCAAAUCAUGCGAGGUGGGACUAAAUGAUAGUUACCAGAAGCUCCUUGCCGCAUAAUCUCGUUAUCUUCCUUUGUCUUUCUCUGUAAAUUCAAUAACAUUCUGAUUCUCACACUUUCUCUGAGAAAGUGUUAGUAGCAGCUACCCAGCAUGGCUUCUAAAAGGGUUCUUCUCCUUUGCGGGGACUUCAUGGAAGACUACGAAGCCAUGGUUCCCUUUCAGGCGUUGCAGGCCUUCGGUGUUGCCGUCGACGCCGUUUGUCCCGGAAAGAAGGCCGGCGAUGUCUGCCGCACCGCCGUCCAUGUGCUUUCCGGUGCUCAGACCUAUACUGAGACAGUUGGUCACAAUUUUGCACUCAAUGCAACGUUUGAUGAAGUUGAUGCUGCAAGCUAUGAUGGUUUGUUGUUACCGGGUGGGAGGGCUCCAGAGUAUCUUGCUCAUAUUCCUGGUGUUGUAGAGCUGGUGACCAAGUUUGUCAGUUUGGGAAAACAAAUUGCUAGCAUUUGUCAUGGACAAUUGAUUCUGGCUGCUGCUGCUGGAGUGGUUAAAGGUCGCAAGUGCACAGCUUUUCCUGCUGUUAAACCAGUACUGGUAGCUGCUGGUGCGCACUGGGUUGAACCUGACACCAUGGCAGCAACAGUGGUGGAUGGUAAUCUCAUUACUGCAGCUACUUAUGAUGGGCACCCUGAACUUAUUCGCCAUUUUGUGAAGGCAUUAGGAGGCACAAUAAACGGCUCUGAUAGAAAAAUCCUCUUCAUUUGUGGGGAUUACAUGGAAGAUUAUGAGGUCAAGGUUCCUUUUCAGUCCCUUCAAGCUUUAGGAUGCCAUGUUGAUGCAGUUUGCCCCUCAAAGAAGGCUGGUGACACUUGCCCAACUGCUAUUCAUGAUUUUGAAGGAGAUCAAACUUACAGUGAGAAGCCAGGACAUGCAUUUUCUUUAACAGCAACCUUUGAUGAUGUGGAUCCUUCGAGCUAUGAUGCUCUUGUCAUCCCUGGAGGUCGAGCACCUGAGUAUUUGGCUUUGAAUGAGUCAGUCAUUGCCUUGGUGAAGCAUUUCUUUGAAACCAAGAAGCCAGUGGCUUCUAUCUGUCAUGGCCAACAGAUUUUAUCUGCAGCUGGUGUUCUCAAGGGGAGGAAAUGCACUGCUUAUCCGGCGGUGAAGCUUAACGUGGUUCUGUCAGGAGCAACAUGGCUGGAGCCUGAUCCUAUAAGCCGCUGCUUCACUGAUGGAAAUCUGGUUACUGGAGCUGCAUGGCCAGGGCACCCUGAGUUCAUUUCUCAGUUAAUCGCACUCCUUGGUAUUCAAGUAUCUUUCUAGCUGCACUUUGUGAUGUAAUUAAUUACCAGUGAAAAAGGCUUGGCUGUUUCUAUAAGCAUUUUGUAUCAAAUAUUAUAAAUAUGUGGAUUCGUUUUACUGAACUGUAUUUGAAGGACCUAUAAUGUGCAAGUGCAUCAUGCGCUUGUUACUUUGAGCA